AUGGUGCAGGUUUUUUUUGUUAACUGCCCAGUUGCGAAAGCUGCAAUUGGGCCAGAGGCUACCGUUUGUAGUUUCUCUUCAGCACCCGAUCUGCUAAAUGAUUUGUUUGUAAAAAGGCUUUCGAACAAGGAUGAUUAUGAAAAUACUAUUUCGAUUGUGGUUUAUGAUGAUGCAGGGCAAGAACUUACUAUUGAACAGCUGCGGGAAUUGUUCUCCAACUUUAUGCUGUGUUUGAACAUCGCUGUCGCAGAUUCCAAAAAUUGGACAUCUACGUUGAAAGAAGCACUCAUUCAGGAGUCAAAGUACAUCCCUGAUAAGCUAACAAGUACUUGCCAUUGGAUGUAUGCGGAACAGGGUUCCCAUGGUCCCGGUCUUACGCCUUGUUCCCUAAAUGUAUAUUCUAUGGUUGAGCAGCUUUCACGAUUACCAAAGGAUGAAAACAAGGCGGAUACUUGGUAUCUCGACUACCUACUGAAAAAGAUUACUAUUUCAGAGCUUAUUAGUUUAGAUAAUGAGGAUAGUCAUUAUUGGUCAUUGUUGGAUACAUGGUCAUUCAGUGCUCACACCUUGUGCACACUGGAAUUAAUACAGUGCGCCAAGCUAAUACUUUCUAGAAUGUGUGCGGCUGCCGCGAUACCGUGCCUACGAGAAGACGAGUUUUAUUUGUUUUUAAUCCACUUGGAGUUUUCCUAUCAUCAGGGUAACAAAUUUCACAACUUUAGACACGCUGUGGAUGUCAUGCAAGCUACCUAUAAACUUUGCGAGAUGCUAGAAUUGGAUUCCAACAUAGCGUUGGCAAUAUGCAUAUCUGCGAUUGGACAUGAUGUGGGCCACCCGGGUACUAAUAAUGGGUUAUUAUGCAACUUCAAAUCUCCGAUUGCGAAGCGUUAUAACAUGGUGUCAGUUUUGGAAAACUUUCAUACUGACCUAUUUAUGGGCAUUCUCAAACAGCAUUGGCCAAGCUUCAUUACUGCAGAAACUCUUAAGUCUAUCAGAGAGGCUAUUAUUUCGACUGAUAUGGCCCUGCAUGAUCGUUAUCUAGAGGAUUUAAGGCUCUCAGGAACCCAAAAUUUGGAGGAUAAUAUGCCGCUAAUGAUAUCAUUGAUUAUCAAGGCAGCUGAUAUUUCAAACGUCUCACGUCCGCUUUUGAUUUCAGCUCAGUGGGCAGUGUUGAUCGCCUACGAAUUAAAUGAGUGCAUGUUGUUGGAAAAGAAACUAAAGUCAUUACCAAUUGAUACUGAGAAGGACAUUAUGCUACCUCUGUCGAGUAUGCCAGAUUCCGUUGAAGCUAUAUUAGCAAAAUUCCCCUCCAUUCCAAAAGGGCAGCUUUAUUUUAUUAAUGCUUUUGUUGAAAAGCUAUUUACCGGUUUAGCGAACAAGUUUGACAAAUUAAAGUUUUUAGCUGACAAUGUGCAAUCAAACAAGAAUUUUUGGUUAAAACAACUUGGAGACGAUUGA